AUGUCGCUGGGCGAGUACGAGCGGCACUGCGACUCCAUCAGCUCCGACUUCGGCAGCGAGUCCUCGGGCAGGGGCGGCUCCCGCGGCGGCGGCAGCUUGCCCGGCGAGCAGGAGGAGCUGCACUACAUCCCCAUCCGCACCCUGGGCCGCGGAGCCUUCGGCGAGGCCACCCUCUACCGCCGCACCGAGGACGACUCACUUGUAGUAUGGAAGGAGGUGGACCUGACCCGGCUGUCAGAAAAGGAGCGUCGUGAUGCUUUGAACGAAAUUGUUAUCCUUGCCCUGUUGCAGCAUGAGAACAUCAUCGCGUACUACAAUCACUUCAUGGAUAACACCACGCUGCUGAUUGAGCUGGAGUACUGUAAUGGAGGGAACCUCUACGAUAAGAUUCUGCGGCAGAAAGACAAGUUAUUUGAAGAAGAGAUGGUGGUUUGGUAUCUCUUUCAAAUUGCAUCAGCUGUGAGCUGCAUUCAUCGAGCAGGAAUUCUUCACAGAGAUAUAAAGACAUUAAAUAUCUUUCUAACCAAGGCAAACCUGAUCAAGUUGGGAGACUAUGGGUUGGCAAAGAAGCUGAACUCUGAGUACUCUAUGGCUGAGACUCUGGUGGGAACUCCAUAUUACAUGUCCCCAGAACUCUGCCAGGGUGUGAAAUACAACUUCAAAUCAGAUAUUUGGGCUGUGGGCUGUGUCAUCUUUGAGCUGCUUACUCUGAAGAGGACCUUUGAUGCUACUAAUCCCCUGAACCUUUGCGUGAAGAUUGUACAGGGAAAUCGCGCCAUGGAGGUUGAUUCCACUGUCUACUCCCGGGAGCUGAUCCAGAUGGUGAAUUCCUGCCUUGAUCAGGAUCCAGAGAAGAGACCCACUGCAGAUGAAUUGCUUGAACAUCCCCUUCUCAGCAAACGCCGGAGGGAGAUGGAAGAGAAAGUCACACUUCUUAAUGGGCCAAAUAAGCGACCAAGGUCAAGUACCAUGAAUGAGGCUCCCAUUGCAGUGGUGACUUCGCGCACUAGUGAGGUGUAUGUUUGGGGGGGUGGGAAGUCCACCCCCCAGAAGCUGGAUGCCAUCAAAAGUGGCUGCAGUGCACGCCAGGUGUGUGCUGGUAACACUCACUUUGCUGUGGUGACAGUGGAGAAGGAGCUCUACACCUGGGUGAACAUGCAGGGGGGCACCAAGUUGCAUGGGCAGCUGGGACAUGGAGACAGAGCUUCCUACCGGCAGCCAAAGCAUGUUGAGAAGCUUCAGGGAAAAGCUAUUCGCCAGGUGUCCUGUGGAGAUGAUUUCACAGUGUGCAUUACAGAUGAGGGCCAGGUGUAUGCCUUUGGCUCGGACUAUUACGGAUGCGUUGGUGUUGACAAGGCUCAUGGCUCUGAAGUGCUUGAGCCCCUGCAGCUGGAUUUCUUUCUUACCAACCCUGUGGAGCAGGUCUCGUGUGGAGAUAACCAUGUGGCAGUGCUGACCAGGAACAGAGAAGUCUACACAUGGGGCUGUGGAGAGUACGGGCGCUUGGGCUUGGAUUCAGAAGAAGACCACUACACCCCUCAGAAGGUGGAUGUUCCGAAGACCUUAAACAUUGUGUCCGUUCACUGUGGCUGUGAUGGGACUUUCCUGCUCACCCAGACAGGCAAAGUGUUGGCAUGUGGACUCAAUGAGUUCAACAAGCUGGGCCUGAAUCAGUGCACAUCAGGGAUAAUCAACCAUGACACAUACUGUGAGGUGCCAUAUGCCACUUCCCUUACUUUGGCCAAGCAGCUGUCCUUCUACAAGAUCCGUACCAUUUCUCCAGGGAAGACACACACAGCUUCCAUUGAUGAGCGAGGCCGCCUGCUGACCUUCGGCUCCAACAAGUGCGGACAGCUUGGUGUUGGGGACUAUAAGAAGCACCUGGGAAUUAACCUGCUGGGAGGCCCCUUGGGGGGUAAGCAGGUGAUCAGGGUUUCAUGUGGAGAUGAAUUCACCAUAGCUGCUACUGACGACAACCAUAUCUUUGCCUGGGGUAAUGGUGGGAAUGGGCGUCUGGCAAUGACAUCGACCGAGAGAGCUCACGGCUCAGAUAUUUGUACCUCGUGGCCUCGGCCAAUAUUUGGAUCAUUGCAUCAUGUUCCAGACCUGUCGUGCCGUGGCUGGCACACCAUCAUCAUUGUUGAAAAGGUGUUGAACUCUAAAACAAUCCGAUCCAACAGCAGUGGCCUGUCCAUUGGUACUGUGGCUCAGAGCUGCACAACUGGAGGAGGAGAGGAAGAGGAUAAUGAACAGGAAGCGGAGACCCCCAAUCCCAGUGGAGGCUUUCGGGGAACCAUGGAAGCAGAUCGUGAGUUGGGGGGCUGGAUCAGCACCACAGAAGCUAAGGGAGGCAACAGUGCUGACAGCAGCUCCUGCCCUGGCUGGCUCCGGAAGGAGCUGGAGAAUGCUGAAUUCAUUCCCAUGCCUGACAGCCCCUUUCCUCUGAGCAUGGCGUCUUCAGAGCCGGAGAAGGAGACUCUCCCUUACCAGAAACUUCAAGGACUCAAAGUGGCCUCUGAGGAACCUGUUGGAUUAAAUGAGCCCAAAACGGAGCCCUGGCCUACUUGCCUGAGUCCAACCCUGCCAUGCGGUGAAGAGAAGGCUGCGUCUCCUGUUGUGGGCUGCAUGUGCAGUGCUCUGCAAGUGGAGGUGGCGCACCUCCGAAGCCUGGUUUUACAGUGUCUGGAUGAUCAGAAGAAGCUGCAGCAGGAAACUGUUCGUCUGAGUGCCCAACUCCAGCGGUUCUGUAGGGGGACGGAGGGAGUGCAGCAGGUGGAGGUUCAUUCCAAAGGAACACAGACAGCCAAAGAGGAGAUGGAAGUGGAUCCGAAACCUGACUUGGAUUCAGAUUCCUGGUGUCUUCUGGGAACGGACUCGUGCCGCUCCAGCCUCUAGUCUCCUGAGCCCACUGGGAUCCAUCUAACUUCACAGCACACUAACCGAAUGCAGAGAGCGGCUUUCCUGGCUUCAGGUCACUCGCAGACAAGAAGCGAGGCCGGAGGCUCCAGAGCAGCACCCAUGUACGUUUGAUAUGAACUAGGAGUGAGUUUGAGAGGGGAAGGGCCCCUGAGCUCUAGGCCAGCUCAGUGAUUGAAGCAGCAGCAGCUCCUCUUUGUACCUUAUCUGUCAAUUCUGCACGUGAGGCAGAACGGCCCCAUUACGGCGAUGGCUCCAGUAGCAGCUUUUGGCCCUUUCAUUGUUUCACUGCUUCUUGGGAGCUGCCUUUGGGACCCCAGUAUUCAUCACUGCAUCUCUAGAUGAGAGGAGGAGACGUGUUUUGUACUGAAGCUGGCUGAACCCUAAAACUCACCACCUUCACUUCAGAGGGGUGAAGGACUAGGAUCCUCUCCCUACCACAUGGCAAGGCCCAGGCAGUGAGGCUGCUCCCCUCUGCUCAGGGGCAGAGGGAGCAGAGACUGUCUCAUUCUGGAGGCAGUGGAGAUCUUCCUGUAAGGAAGAUAAUGGUAGACAGCAUGUCCCUGGUCUUGAGGUACAGCUUCUGGCCAUAUGGCUGUGUCCAGUGGCCUGUAUAGACAGAGUUUAAAGGCUUUAUUCUGGGUGCCUAGAGCUUUCCAACUUCCAGGCAAUGCACUGAGAUGAGUGAAUCAGGUGUUGUUUCAAAUAGCAGUAGUGGGCACUGUCUGAGAUGGGAUCUCUGGUUCUCAGUUUCAGACCACCUGCUUACCAACCAGAUGACAAGCAUCUGGGCCUGAGACUAAGUCACCCAUUUCUUGCUCCAGCUGUUCAACUUGGUUUGGGUGCCAGAGCUUCUUGUUUCUUGGCAUAAGCCCGUAGCUGCUCCUUGCUUGGCUUCUGUUCUGCUUAGCCCCUGGUGCCCACACUCUGUGUGGGUGUGGGAAGAAUCAGUGUUUUUCCACUCAAUGUUUUAACGAAGCUGGAAUGCAGUUUCCUACCCAGAAUAGGUCAUUAAUGCCGUGGUCACAGGAUGCAGCCUUCCCCAAUGACCAUGAAUGAUCAGGUCUCUGGAAUUCACCUUCUUUCUAGAAGUGAGAGGCUCUCGCAAGAAAAUUGGAGAUGGGAAGAGGCAUGGUCUGAUGCUCAAGAUUUCCUCAUUUCCUGUUAGAGAAUGAGGUUAAUUUUAUUGCCCUUAAAUUUAUUACCAAAUUGACUUUGAACUAAGCUUUUGGGAUUGGUAGGAUCCCUGGGAGCAGCUAGCCUUCCCUGCCUUACGUGAAGCCUCUAAGGAGUCCCAAAUCCCUCUCACCUUUGCUGUGAGAGCGGGGUUGUGAUUUCAUUAGGCUUAAACCAUCCCCAUCAAUGGCAUGUCACUAGAAUUGACUGUUCCAGGGGAGCCAGCGUUCCCCAUUUGUCUCUAGAGGUGGAUGCCAAACCAUUCUGCUUGUAACUUAACGCUCCUUAAAUACUUCGUUGGUGCCUAUUGCUAGUGUCUUGGAGCUCAAUCAAGUGCAGUCUCUCCAGUGCAGUGUCCAGGGCAAGGAUCGUACUAGCGUGCCCGUCCAUCGUUACCGAAGGAAGGGCAGGAGGACAGCCCUCCUGUGAGGUGGUGAGCGUCGGGCACCCUGGUGUGGCCACGUCGCUUAGUUGCCCUUGUGACUCUGCUCUCCUUUCCCCCAUGUGUCUUGGAGCCAGUUCUCAGGUUAGGGUCCCGGCUUGAGGGUUGUUGUUGCGGUUAGAAAUGAUUGAGUUGGUGACAUUGCGGCAGUGCCUUUGAGGAGUGAAGAGUUGAGGCUGAGCCAUGUCCAAUAAGCAAGCACCAAGCUGAUGGGAGUCGCUCUCCUGCAGUGCACUGCUAUCCUCAUUUCUCAAUGCUCUGCAGUUGGGAAGCUAGGUGCACAGACUGGAUUCCCCUUGGAUCUAGUGGAGGAUUAGGGUCCCUGACAGAGGAUGCCCUGUGCUCCGCAAUCUCAUAUGUGCCUUAGAGGAUUCACGCUAUCCAGGUUGUGCCUGUUACAGACCACAGAUUUCACACCAGCCAGCUAUGCAACCAAAAAAGCAGUUUAAAGCCAGCACUUUUGUCUUGGGCUGAAAAUGGAGGGGCAAGUGGGCAGAAGUGCCUUUGAGCAGUUUCAAACCCUUUUUACUUCUCCCCUUCUUGCAGUGCUAGCUCCGUAUGUGUUGGUCUCCUGCUAGUAUUGCUACUGAGUUGUUAUAGGGGAACACAACUUACGCCUGCUCUGACACUCUGGCUGAAAACUAGUUUGUCGUCUUUUUUUGAAAGGUUAAAGGGUGUAGUGGUUUGGAGUUUCUGUUUAAAUAAAUGUUUAAACUC